ACUAUUUAUUUCCUUCCAAGGACCAGAGCGCAGAGACACCAGGGACAACAAGCAACAAUGGGUAUCUUUUAAAAAGUAAGAGCUUUGGAGGAUUUAAAAAGACAUCGUUGAGAGGCCAAGACGAACUGGACAGCACAACUAUGGAUACAUACUAAACAGCAGAAGGAUAAACUGGAUAUAUGAGAUGUUAACUGGUGUCAUCAGGUGGAGUUACUGAGAUACAGACUGAAAAUUCACAGUCACAGUCCGUCACAGAGAACAGAGGCGGCUGUGUACCUCCUGCACCUGUGGUCAGCAGCGGACUCAGCGCUGAGAUACUGGAGGGAGUGACACCAGUGUUCAUUCAGCUUAUGCCCAAGAAUGGGCACUCCUGACCUGUCUACACUGCUGGACCACAUAGAAGGGAGAGAUGAGUGGCAGGAUGAUGACUUCCCCAGGCCGCUUCCAGAGGAGGGCGAUAUGGAGUCUUCCUGUGCUCUUGGAGAGGGGAGAACAUCUCCCCCCAGCUCUCUGCACAUCAGUGCAACCGGUGGGGGUGCGGCCCAUCGGAAGCGGCGGACCCUCGUAGCCCCAGACAUGAACCUGUCUCUGGACCAAAGUGAAGGAUCCCUGCUGUCUGAUGAUUUCCUGGAUACGCCCGAUGAUCUGGACAUUAACGUUGAUGACAUUGAAACUCCUGAUGAGACAGACUCCCUGGAGUUCAUCACCAAUGGCAACGACCUAGAAUGGGAAGAUGACACGCCAGUGGCCUCUGCAAAAUCUGGCCCUGCCGAGGCGGGUGAUGAAGCGGGGGAGGACGGCGGGAACGGCCGCCUGUGGAGAACGGUCAUCAUCGGAGAACAGGAACAUCGCAUUGACAUGCAGGUCAUUCGGCCGUACGUGCGGGUCAUCUCUCACGGAGGUUAUUAUGGUGAGGGGCUGAAUGCCAUCAUUGUGUUCUCGGCGUGCUACCUGCCCGACAGCAGCUGCCCGGAUUACCAUUACAUCAUGGAAAACCUCUUUCUGUAUGUAGUGAGCAGUCUGGAGAUGCUUGUGGCUGAGGAUUAUCUGAUCAUCUACAUGAACGGCGGAACCCCUCGCAGUAAGAUGCCGGGUAUCAGCUGGCUGAAAAAGUGCUAUCAGAUGAUUGACAGAAGACUGAGGAAGAACCUGAAGUCUCUGAUCAUCGCACAUCCCUCAUGGUUCAUACGCACAGUUCUGGCCAUCUCCAGACCCUUCAUCAGCGUGAAGUUCAUGAACAAAAUCCGCUAUGUGCACAGCUUAGAGGAACUGGAGCAGUUUGUCCCCAUGGAGCACAUCCACAUCCCUGAGUGUGUCAUACAGUAUGAUGAAGAAAGGAUCAAAGCACGAAAAGAGCGAAUGGAACAGGAGGACAGAGAGCAUCAACCACAAGAACAGCAAGAAUGCACCAAGACAGACAGACCUGCGACGACGACAGCCGAGGAGCCGGACCUGUGAGGCUGGAGGGCCUUUCAGUAGAAAUCACUCUCACAUGCUGAUCUAACUCCAGCUUCUUCUCUCUGUGUCCUGUUAUAAUAGCAGAAAUCACACACUGGUCUCAGAUCAGCGGUAGAGAGUGGCGUUUACUGCUGAGAGGGAGGGAAAAAAGGCACAAUAUUUCAAGUCUUGUCAGAAAAACACCACCAGGUGGCACUCCACCCCAACAAACGUCUCUGUAUUCGGUAGCAGGAUGUGUGAGCUCUACAGACCCUCUGUGCUGCAACCCCCAGUAAUGACCUACCCCUGCUUUAUGACCCUGCGCUGCAAAAAUAAUACAUAAUGGCAAGUUAAUGCAUCUCAAAUGUAGGCAAUACAUCCAAGAUUUUUAAUUAGGAUGUUGUUGGAAGACCGUUAUGACCUAUUUCUGUAUCGCUGCUGCCAGAAUAACCUCAUAUCUCUAUUUUUUGUCAUUCUUCAGUUUUUGACAUAAUUUUAAAGCAUCUGUUGCUCUUUACACUCUAUGUAAAUUUCAUGGUGAAUGGACCAAAUUAAAGGGUCAAAAAAUGCUUGAAAAAAAUUCUGGUUCCAUUGACUUGCAUUACAAGUGAGCUAUGUUUUUGUGUUCUCCUGUAAAGUUACCAUUCUGGAGAAAAGUUUUGUUCUGACAGCAGCAGUAUGAUUUUUAAGCUAUGAAAUAUUACUGUGCAGAAAUGUUCUUACCACACUGGCAAAUAAUAAAAGGAAUAAUGUUUGAAAUAAGUAAAAUGACUAAGAUAGUGAGUAGUAUGAUAAUCUGACUUGACAAAAUCAUUUAAUGUAAGUACAGUUUCUAGAAGCAGGUUGAAAAUAGUGCUGUGCAAAAAUCAAUACUUCAUUUUUAAAUGGCUCUAUACAGCCAUUAAAUACAUUUUAUUCAUUUUACCACUGCUAAACCAACGUCUCCGACUGAACUUUGGAGGUGUGUCUGCAGAUUUCAUUGCGGAACUGAAAGUAAGUCUCCAGAAAAGAAUGGAAGCUGGAAUUAAGGUAAAAAGUGGACACACUAAACACUGAAAAAUCUGAUUAGAUUCAUUUUUUACUGUAAUUUGCUGAAAAUGAUGUUCUCUUUUUUUAUGUUUAUUGUUUUGAUUGAAAAUGAAAUAAGUUUCCAGUGGUCUCGGACUUUUGCACAGUACUGUGAUCUUAAAAUAUGCCAAUAGAUCCUAAUGGGAAGUAUUGUCUAUUGUCUACAGUUAUGAUGCUUGUACUUGCCAGCAUAUAAUUUUUGCUGUGUGCCACUGACCAGUGCCAUCUUUAAGGAAUGUUAUGUCACCCGCCUAUACAAAACUAUGGGUGUGUCUACUCAGGAGCGAUGUUUAAAAGUAAUGCAUGCAAAGGUUUGGACAUCCUUUGGUCAUCCUUUACGUCUCCGUGUACAUGCGCCCGGCUAGAAUGUAUCGUUAAUCCAUUUUGCUGGUUCUUCAUACAGAUUUUCCAUGUUUAGAUCUGGAUCCUUUGUUUGAAACGUUUCUGAAUGCUUUCCGUCAUCGGUAUCAUGCUCCGUUUUUGGCUUUUAACGUUUUCACGGAAGUGCCGGUCAGUACUUGCUGGGAAAUCUGACUUGGCACAGAUGUGUUUGAUGGUGAUUUUGUGUUGCCUUAUGUUCUGAAUGUCAAAAUUUCAAAAUUAAACAUGCCGUUAUGUGCAUUGGCCUUUA